ACGUCAGUGAGCGUCCACGCUCUGCAGUGACAAGGUGUGCAUGUUCUCUGCUGGAUCUUAGCUUUCUGUCGCAAUGGUUUACAACAAGAAAUAUGUGUGCCUGUUCGCGCCUGUCGUCAUUCUCUUGCUGGUGAUGUGCUGGCACAGACACGAAUCAACGCAAAACUCUAUGUCGUAUACAGACAACAUGACAGAAUUUCCUGGUAAAAAAGUCGACGAAUCCUUUAGAAAACUGUUGAAUCUCUAUCAGAAGAAACUUGAAGCGUUGCAGAAGUCCAACCUCUGGUCGACUAUUCCAGAAACACCUACCUGCAAAAAAGACAUGCAUCCAUCAUCUCAAUGUGUUGAUCCAGAAUGUCAUCAGGAUUUGCCAGAACGGCCUGUAGUCAGACUCCAGAAUGUUCUCAGCUCUAUACGCCCAGAGGAUAUGACAACACUGAAAAGAAUGAAUCAGUUGGAGGAAUUGCAAGUACAACCUACAGGAAAACGGAUUCUCUUCCUUACGGCAGCAUCGUCUAACCACUUUAUGGAAUCCCAAGCAAUGCUGAAAAACUUUCAUGAAAUCAUCCCAGCACACUUUAGUAAUUAUUCACUUAGGUACUAUGAUCUGGGACUUAAGCCAACAGAACGCGCUCAGCUGGAAAAGCAUUGCAAAUGUGAUGUUAAAAUCUUCCCAGUGCAAAAGUUGGACCCAUGGAUGAGGCGGCUUAAAUGUUACAUUUGGAAACCCAUCAUAAUACAGGCCAAUAUAAAGGCUGCUGACAUUGUGGUGUGGUUGGACGCUUCUAUCAGGCUGCCGAAAGAGGGAAUUGGGAAAUCUGUCCAGGACGUCCUCCUGCAGGGGCUGACCAUCGGAGGAGGAGGAGGACGUGCUUCACAUUUUAUUGACACAAGGAUGAUGAACUAUUUCAAUUCCACUCCGUGCAUGUACUCCCCAUUUACCAUGGUAGAAGCCAACUUUAUGAUGUUUCAUAAUGACGAGUUUGUGAGGGAUGCGAUAAUUGCACCAUGGGCGACGUGUGCUGUUAAUCAUAAUUGCAUGUGUCCUGAUAACUCGGUUCUUUAUUGUAAUCAUGCCAUCAACAAGUAUGGGAAGUGUCAUCGGUAUGAUCAAGCUGCAAUGAAUAUGAUUGCUAUGCAAUUGUUUGGAAAACAUGUCGAAAGUUUACGACCUAAGAAUCUUCAAUAUGAAAUUAAAAGAGGGGACACUUUUCCAUAUUUCAAUCAUUUAGAUUCCCAGUUAAAGACAAAAGGUGCCUGACAAGCAGCCCAGAGACUGUCCAUAUUUGAUUAUCAUCCUCUUGAAUCUGUUCUUUUGUGUGCUUUUGUUGCGAUCUUAUUGCAUGAAAUAUCUUCAGGAAGACACUUUGUUGACGUUUUCAUAGUUUUAAUGAGUCAUAUGAUGCUACCUUAUGGCAUCAUUGAUGGUUAUGGGCUUUUUACGUUUGUAGUCUCCACGGGCACCGUGCCAAUUGUUACUAGGUGAAAUAUCCAUUAAUGUCAAAACCUUGUGCAAGUGCUAUACACAUAUUGCUUUAAAAGGCUCAGUGCAUGAACUGACCUUGCCUUAAAGAAAUUCUAAAGCUGAACAAAUUGAUAAGAAUAUACACCUUGGAAAAAGUAAAGUGCCACCUGAAAAAGUAAUUGUCACAAUCAUAUCUGUAAUGUCACGAACAGCUAUCCUAAGCUAAGAAUGUAAAUGUUUGAUGCAUGUGUAGCAGGUUGAAAUCAGGAAGUCAGUAUGGUUUAACACCGCAUUUAGCAAUAUUCCAGCAAUAUCACGGCGGGGGACAUCAGAAACGGGCUUCACAAAUUGUACCCAUGUCGGUUAUCGAACCCGGAUCUUAGGUUUGACGAGCGAACGCUUUAAGCACUAGACCGCCCAAGGUUGAAAUCAAUCCCUUCAACAUUCACUCUUGGGUGCUUUAAGCAUAGGCUCAGGUCACUCUCCUCGCCCAAAUAACCACUGUGGCCUCAGAGCGUUGGGCUCAAAUUACUCCCCUACAUUUUUGCAGCAUUCUACUUCUCCAUACAGUUCUAAAGGUUCCAGAUGUUCAUGUGACCUUUUUGCCUGAAAAGGUAGAAACGGGUUGUUCAUCUGUGGACUUGCACUGUUGACAUUCCAGAACAUUCAAUCAAGCAUGGAUAUUUGAAAUAG